ACUUAUUCGUGCUUCAGCUAUGCACCCUGACGGAUCUUUCAUUCAUCUUUUUGUUUUUUAUUGAGGAGAAACAAACCCACCAUAUGGACUUUGCAUUGGGGACUCAUAGUGCGCUUCAUAGUUUUUUUUAGUCUUUUUUUUUUUAAAAGUUGAAAAAUCAUGUUGAAGAAUAAUGGGAAGAAGACAGCUAUCUCUGUAGCCGGCACAGCAUGCCUCUGCCUGCUGAUGCUGCUGCUGCUGGUCGCGGUGCAGCAUCACCGCGUCCAGGUGGAGGUGGAAGAGGCGCACGGAGGAGAGGACGCAGGGGCGCGCUCUCUCCUCCAGGAUGGAGAUGGAGAUGGAGAUGGAGAAGAGCAGCUGGACGCACCGGCUAAUAAUAAGAGAGGAUUCUCGGCGUACUUCACCAAACUGACCCGAGGACGGAGGGAGGUGGAGAAGCCCUCUGGCUCCUCCAGGUCCGCAGACCCUCCUCCAGCAGAGGACAUCAGAGCUGAUGACAUCUUCAUCGCUGUGAAGACCACCAAGAAGUUCCACCAGUCCAGACUGAACCUGCUCCUGGACACGUGGGUCUCCAGAAACAUGCAACAGACGUACAUCUUCACGGACGGAGAGGAUGAGGAGCUGAAAAAGAAAAUUGGGAGUCACGCUAUCAACACCAACUGCUCUGCAGCUCAUAGCCGACAAGCUCUGUCCUGCAAGAUGGCAGUGGAAUAUGACAAGUUCAUCGAGUCGGGGAAGAAGUGGUUCUGUCACGUAGAUGACGACAACUACGUGAAUGUUCGGACUCUGGUGAAGCAGCUGUCCCAGUACCCCCACACCCAGGACAUGUACAUCGGUAAACCCAGUCUGGACCGGCCCAUCGAGGCCACAGAGAGGCUGGGGGACAACAAGAUGAAACCAGUCAACUUCUGGUUUGCUACUGGAGGAGCAGGUUUCUGUGUGAGCCGAGGUCUGGCACUGAAGAUGAGCCCAUGGGCCAGUGGCGGCCACUUCAUGAACACAGCGGAGAAGAUCCGCCUGCCCGACGACUGCACCAUCGGCUACAUCAUCGAGUCGGUUCUUGGGGUCCCUCUGACCCGCAGCAACCUGUUUCACUCCCACCUGGAGAACCUGCAACAAGUGUCAAGAUCUGAGAUACACAAGCAGAUCACCCUAAGUUAUGGGAUGUUCGAAAACAAGAGUAAUAUCAUCAAUUUCAAAGGGGCUUUCCCUGUGGAGGACGACCCAUCAAGGUUCAAGUCUGUGCACUGUCUCCUGUACCCAGACACCCCUUGGUGUCCCCCUCAGGUUGCCUUCUAGGGCGACCGCUCCUUUCUCAUCCUCGUCCCCGUCGUGCCUCGGUAUCUGAAAGGCUCACGGGGACCAGUGUUUGGUAUUAGACCGCACGGCUGCUGUAUUGUUACUGCAGUUGUGUGCGGUCUUUAAUAGUUUUACUGGGCUGCUGUGCGGCCCGCAUCGGGACUAUUCCUUCCUGUCCGGAGCCAGGACCUCGCCCCAUAAUGCUGUGGUGGAGGACCCCAGCUCUCGACAGGAAGUAGCUUUCAGCGUUAAGCUUUGCAGGCAAUCAGUUGAGCUUUGUGAUGUAUAUGUUGCUUGUAAAUGUAUCUGCAAUUCUCAUAGAAUGUAUUGUCAUAUAUUCAAGCCUUUUUGCCAGCUUUACAUUAACAUUGUUUUAGCUUUUAAUAAUGCAAAGCCAUGCAGGUCUUUGUUUGUAGGCUUUUAUCACAUAUAAUUGGCUUAUUUUGUUUUGAUUUUUUGUUUUGACUCCGGACAAACGCUCUAAUAUGAAGAUUUUGUUGUGCUUUUUAAGUUAACAGUGUUAUUUCUCCCAUAAACUGAGCUGGCAGGAGGCAGAUUUCCAAAUGCAUCCUAUUCUGAGGUAUAUCAGGACAAAGCACUUUUCCCUUUUUUGAUAUUGACCUAGUUUACGUCCUUUUUUUAAUGACAUGCCUCAGAUUUGUGUCCAAACUAACAAAAAAAAGAAAAUUAACCCCUCAAAAUCUCUAUUCAUUCUUCUCUAUUUAAUAACACUCCUUGCAUUUUGUUACAAUCAGGGAAAAAUAAUGAAUGGAAGAGAUUUUGAUUCGGGGUUACAAUCAGCUUUUGAAUUGUUUUUUUUUGUUGUUGUUUAAAAAUUGCACAGCUGAGUUUCAAAUGAUGUUUGCUCCUGAAAAGACGCUCACCUCCGAAGGCUCAACAACAAAGAAUUAGAAAAGAACAUCUAAAUAAUAACCACAUGUGUAAUCUGAGCCAGUCUAUAAUAGUUUGCACAAAAGACUGUUUUGUUAUUAUUAACAUUCAUGUUCUUUAUUUACACAUAAUACUGGCUGGUUACUGUUGACGCCGGCGAGGUGAGAACUUUACAAGAGCAACAUGAGUGUUUCCACAUGGAGGCGUUCGCUCCCUCUGUGUUAUAUCUCACCCAUAUUGGGUUGCGCUGUACAUUUUGACUACAGUAUUGUGUACUGUGCCUUUUGUCUAAAUUUAGUAGUGAUUGUAUAAUGUUUAGAAUGGUUUACAUGAUGCUUUUAAUGACCCGGACAUGAUUUGUGUUGAAUGACUGUGGUGUUUAUUCUCCAGUAUCUGGAGGGUUCAUUCCCAACACUGGCUUCUCAGGGAUUAUGAGCUGAUCCUGGUAUUAACUACCAUGGGACCCACGGUGGGACCUACAACUUUGAAUAAAAGUGCAUAACCACUGAGAAACUUUA